AACGUUGGAUAUGCGUUGGUUGUCAGAGAAGAUACUUCACAUAUAAAGCCACAUGACCCCAUCUGUCCUCAUAAACAAACAAACCAACCCUAGGUUCCUACACACCUCACAAACAUCAUCAACAAAACUCCACCCACAUCAAAACAAAGCAAAACACACCAAAAGAAUCAUCAAUCCCAACCACAGAAACCACCCUAACCAACCAUGCCGGCAAACUCACCGGCCACCACAAGAAAAGAAGGCCAAGAACUCCUCCUCAACCGCUACGAGAUCGGCAAACUCCUUGGCCACGGUACCUUCUCCAAAGUAUACCUCGCAAGAAACAUCAAAUCCAACGAAUAUGUAGCCAUUAAAGUCAUCGACAAAGAACAGAUCUUGAGAGGCGGCUUGAUCUCACACAUCAAACGUGAGAUCUCCAUUCUUAGACGUGUUCGCCACCCGAACAUCGUACAACUCUUUGAGGUAAUGGCAACCAAAGCUAAAAUCUUCUUUGUUAUGGAAUAUGUUAAGGGUGGUGAGUUGUUUAACAAGGUGGCUAAAGGUAGGUUAAAAGAAGAAACUGCAAGAAACUAUUUUCAACAACUUAUUUCCGCUGUAGGGUUUUGUCAUGCACGUGGUGUUUUUCACCGUGACUUGAAGCCAGAAAACAUAUUGUUAGAUGAAGAUGGUAAUCUUAAAGUAUCCGAUUUCGGGUUGAGUGCGAUUUCGGAGCAAAUUAGAGGUGAUGGUUUGUUUCAUACGUUUUGUGGGACUCCGGCUUAUGUUGCGCCCGAGGUUUUGGGCCGGAAAGGGUAUGAAGCGGCUAAGGUUGAUGUUUGGUCUUGUGGGGUGAUUUUGUUUGUGUUGAUGGCUGGUUAUUUACCCUUUAAUGAUCAGAAUGUUAUGGUUUUGUAUAAGAAGAUUUACAAAGGUGAAUUCCGGUGUCCCCGGUGGUUUUCUCCUGAGUUAACUCGGUUGUUAAAGCGCCUGCUUCGGACAAACCCGGAGACCCGGAUCACCAUCCCGGAGAUCAUGGAAAACCGAUGGUUUAAAAAGGGGUUUCGUGAUGUGAAGUUUUAUAUCGAAGAUGAUCAACUGUUUAGUGUGAAAGAUGGAGAGAUUGAAGCUGAUGAGAUUGAUUACUCUUCGGAUUACUCGUUGGAAUCACCGACCGAAUUUGAAACCCGAAAACGGGCUGUUAACAUGCCUAGACCGGCUAGUUUGAAUGCGUUCGACUUGAUUUCGUUCUCUAGAGGGUUCAGUUUGUCCGGUUUGUUUGAGGAUGGGGGAGAGGAGUCCCGGUUUGUGACGGGUGCAUCCGUUUCGACGAUUAUAUCAAAACUUGAAGAGAUUGCGAAAGUGGUGAGGUUUAGUGUUCGGAAAAAGGAUUUUCGGGUUAGUUUGGAGGGGUCACGAGAAGGGGUUAAAGGUCCGUUGACUAUUGUGGUUGAGAUAUUUGAAUUAACACCGAGUUUAAGAGUUGUGGAAGUUAAGAAGAAAGGUGGGGAUAGAAUGGAGUAUGAUGAGUUUUUUGAUCGGGAACUUAGGCCUGGAUUACGAGAAUUGAUGUUGCCGGAGCCUAUCUCCGAUGAACCUUCCGGUUUGGCUAGUUCUAAUACUUGAAUAACCGAAAAGAAAAUUGGUUUUGCUUGUUUGACCACACCCAUGGCUCUAUUGACCAUUAACUGGUUUAAAAUGUUGGGAAAAUGGUUAUGAGUAGCUAGGUGAUCAUGUAAUAUACGUUUUGAGUUCCAUUCUUCUAAUCAAAUGUUCAAAAAUAAUGUUUUGUAGGUUGUGUAAAUGUCCGAACAAUGAUUUGUUGUUUACAUUUUCUUUAGAACCGGAUCAAA